GUUAUUGUAUUUCGCAUUUACAUACGCAACAACUGAAUUUUUCAUUACCUAUUGUUCGCGUAUCAUUGUGACUUAAAUUUGAACGUGAGCUUGAGACUGGAAUUGAGUGAAAGAUGGCUCUAAGUGCGACACAAGUGAAGGAGCAGGAAUUGAUACUUGACGAGGCUAAAGCCAAUGUGGCGACGCAGGCACUCGAAAUGAAACGAUGUCUAGACAAGGGCAAGUUGAUGGACGGCCUGAAGCAUGCCUCGAUCAUGCUGAGUGAGCUGAAGACUUCUCUGUUGGCACCCAAGUACUACUACGAGCUUUACACUUGCAUAGCAGACGAGAUGCGACACCUGGAACAAUUCCUGCUGGACGAGUACCGCAAGGGCAGACGGGUGGAGGAUCUGUAUGAACUGGUCCAGUAUGCUGGCAAUAUCCUCCCUCGUCUGUAUCUGUUGGUGACGGUGGGCGUGGUGUAUAUGCAGACGGAGGAGCAGCAGUGCUUUGUGAGAGAUAUCUUGAGGGACAUGGUGGAGAUGUGCAGGGGCAUCCAACAUCCCCUCAGAGGACUCUUCCUGAGGAACUACCUCAUACAGACCACCAAACACAUUCUACCAGACAAAUUGCCCUCUAAUGUGCCGCAAGUAUUGUCUGAGGACUCACAGCAGCCUCAAAGUAAUGAGGUCACAGACAGUACUGGUAGUGUGAGUGGGGUAGGCAGUAGUGUGCAUGACUCAGUGGACUAUAUUCUGAUGAAUCUGACCGAAAUGAGUAAGCUGUGGGUGCGCAUGCAGUACCAGGGACACACCAAAGAGAGAGGUCUCCGUGAACAGGAACGUAAGGAUUUGAAGCAGCUGGUGGGUGCCAAUGUGUAUGCACUCAGUUCUCUCGAGUCUCUCCAUGUGGAAAUGUACAAGAACAAGGUGCUGCCAAUCAUGCUGGCACAGCUAGUCAACAGCAGAGAUCCCCUCGCACAGGAGUACUUGAUGGAGGUCAUCAUACAUGUAUUCCCUGAUGAGUUCCAUCUGGCCACUCUGCAAAUGUACCUGGACGCCUGUUCGAAUCUGCACGAGGACGUGGACCUCAACUCCAUCAUCACCACCCUCAUCGCCCGCCUGUCCCUCAUGGCCGACGAACAGCAGGGGGGAAUCGGCAUCCCACAUCACCUCCAACUCUUCUCCGUAUUCUCCGACAAGAUCAGACACAUCAUCAAGACGCUUCCGAAGACUCCGGUGGAGAAGAUCAUUGGCAUGCAGGCCUCCCUGCUCUCCCUGGCUUUGAACUGCUACCCGGACAAGCCAGAGUACGUGGACAUUGUGCUGCAGACCACCAAUGACAUCUUCAACACUUUUCACAUCGACAAACUGAAGGCGAGGUCCAAGACUGCACUGGAGUUGGAGAAGCUUCUGAAGCUGCCGGUGGACCACUACAAGGGAGAUCUGCUCCAAGUGGCUCAACUGUCCGCAUUCGCCCCUCUCCUCCUCUUUCUAGACUGGGAGCCCAGGAAAGACCUCUGCUGCUACAUGUUGGAGAAUGCACUCCAGCACGCCUGCAUCGUCCCAGAUGUCGAAAUGACUAACAAGGUGUUGGGAUUGGUGCAGACACUCUACAGACAGCAGCCGGACUGUCCCAUCGGAGAGGAGGGGGAGGAGGAACAGGAGACGCCAUUAGUACCGGGAGGCACAAUGGGAGGGGGAGGCGGUCUGUUGGAGGAGAUGGAGGCAGAUGUGUGUCUCCUCGCCAAGUUCCUCCACAAUUUCCACUCGGACGAUCCAAACUUGCAGUACUUGAUGCUGCAAGCCAUCAAGGAACAGUUGUGUGCUGCAAAAGACGGAGAGGAGGGGGCGAAGUCCUCUGGCGGAGGGGGAAGUGUUUUGGGUGCAGUGAGGAGACAGCACACUCUGCCGGCGCUCUUCUUCAUUGCCUUGCAGCUGGCCAUCAGAUUCCACGCCAACAGAGAACAGGAUGAGAACUGGGGUAAGAAGUGUGAACGUAUAGUGGGUGGGGUGUGUCGACAGCUGACUGAGAGAGUCGCCCAGGACGAGAGGGGGGAGUUGGCUCUGAGGAUGUACCUGCAGAGUGCACUGGUGCUGGACCAGAUGCCCUUUCCCAAACACCAGGAGCUGGCCUAUGAGUUCUUCAGUCAGGCGUUGGCGCUGUACGAAGACAGUGUGACAGAGAGUAGGGCCCAACUGGCGGCUCUGCAGUUGAUCACGUGUAGUCUGCAGCAGAUGAGCUGCUUCUCAGAGGAGAACCACGAACCACUCCGUACUCAAUGCACUCUCUGUGCAAGCAAACUGUUCAAGAAACCGGACCAGGCGAGAGCAGUGGCUCACUCGGCACACCUCUAUUGGGACUGCAAAGUGCAGCAACCGAACACAAAUCUUUCUUCAGAGGGGUCUGCCGCUGAGCAGAGUAACAGCACCACUAGUGCUUCUACCGCCCAGCCGCUGAGAGAGGGUAAGCGGGUGGCGGACUGUCUGAAGAGGAGUGUGAAGACUGCAGGUCAGGUGGUGGACGGGGUGGGCAGACUGCAGCUGUACGUGGAGAUUCUGGACCACUACAUACACUACUUCUCUCUCUCCAACCCACAAUGCCCAGCUGUGAGCUCAAGUGUGAUCAACCAGCUGACGGGCAAAAUCAGAGAAGAGUUGGACAGUGCAGGGGCUAGUGGUGGGGGAGGGGGUGACGAAAGGGAGCGACUUAAGGGGAGGCUGAAUGCCAGUUUGGAGAGGCUGAGGCAGAAGAAACUGCACUUGACUCAGGCUCCAACAGAGACCCAAGAGGAGAAUUUGGAAAAGGGGGAGGACGAAGCGAAGGCGAUGUCGGACAAAUUCUCAGAACUGACCGUUUUUGAUAUAUAAUGAUCAUAAUCAAACUCAUAAACAUGUAUUUUCUUUGAAUCUUCGCCAUAACUAUAGAAAUUGUUCGCUUCUCGAAAUUGUUUGCCUGAUAGUAUUUAACAUGUCCAAAAAUCCGUACUGUACUGCUCAAAUUGAAUGAUAUAGUUUAUUUAAAUGAAAUUGAAGUAUUUCCAAAAAAUUUGCGAACAUUUCUAGUUCUCAGAAAGAUGAAAUAUAAGGACAACCGAUUUCGGAUCCUUUAUUUGUCCUUCCUACUAACUCCUACUAAAUUGUUAUCGAUUUAUUCUCUCCUGGCAUCAUCCAUAAAAAUUAAUAUGCACCAAUAAUGAUUUGCUUUAAAUAUGAUUGUAAUGUAGUAUAUAUGCGAAUCUCAAAUAUUUAAUUUAAAUUUUCAGAAUAGUUAA